AUGAAUCCUGAAAAACUUGCCAAGCUUCAAGCACAAGUUCGGAUUGGUGGUAAAGGAACACCAAGACGUAAGGUUAAAAAGGUAUAUAAAACUGUUAAUAAUGAUGAUAAAAAACUACAGUCUACACUCAAGAAACUUAAUGUUCAAGCAAUUCCAACAAUUGAAGAAGUAAAUAUGUUUAAAGAAGAUGGAUCUGUUAUCCAUUUUACUAAUCCAAAAGCAUCAGUUCAUUCAAAUACAUUUGUAAUUAAUGGUCAUGGUGAAGAAAAGGAUCUUACAGAAUUGGUACCAGGAAUUUUGAACCAACUAGGACCAGACUCCCUUGCAUCACUUCGUAAAUUGGCAGAAUCUUAUCAUCUCAAUUUAUCAUCUCAAGAAUUAGUUGAAAAUUUUGAAGCUACAAGUGAAAAGAAAGAUGAAGAUGAUAAAGAAGCAGAAGUAGAUCAUCGAGAUUAUUAUGACCGUUAUGAUCGUGAUAAAUAUGUUCAUUACGAUCGUGAUCGAAUAAAAGGAAGAGAUAGAGAUGGUAAUGACAAACAUCUAAAUAAUAAAAAUGAUGAUGAUGAUACUUCAAAAACGGAUGAUAAGGAACUGCAAGCAAUCAGAGAUGCUGGAGAAGUUACUUCACAAGAUUUUAAUCCUUUAUAUGCAAAUAAACGCAAAGCUCAAAUGUUUGGACAUGGUCAUCUUGCUGGUAUUGAUAUUAAGGAGCAAAAAAGAGAUCGUGCAACAUUCUAUAAUCAAUUAUUAGAACAAAGGAUCAGAAAGGUCGAGCCGAAAAAACCUUUAACAGAAAUGAAGGAGAGAGACUGGCAUAUAUUCAAAGAGGAUUUCAAUAUUGCAACUAAAGGUGGCAGUAUUCCAAAUUCUAUAAGGCCGUGGAAGGAAUUUGGUUUACCACAAAGAAUACUUGAUCUUAUUGAAAAUAUUGGACAUAAGGAACCAACACCUAUUCAACGACAAGCAAUUCCUAUAGGUUUACAAAAUAGAGACAUUAUUGGUUCAAUUGCUACAUCCACACCUGAAGGACUAAAAAAUACUAUCCACCAAUCAUCAUCAUUAUGA